CAAUCUCCUUAUUCCACUUCCAUUAUUCGAGCCUUUCAUUCAUCUUACAUAGUGGAAUCUUGAAUCAACUUUGAAACUAUCUUUAGCCUUACUAGUGAAGGUCCGACCCAAGCAAGAGAAUUCAAUAGCUGAAGACAAUGUCAAAGUUUGGAGAAGCCUCUUUAAUGGUGCCUUGUGUCCAAGAGCUGGCAAAGCAACCAAUCACCAAAGUUCCACCGCAAUAUCUUCGUCCAAAUCUAGAUACUUCAACUGACACAACCUCUUUAUCAAAGGUCCCAAUCAUCGACCUCAGUAAAUUGGUAUCUGGAGAUGGAGAUGAGCUAGAGAAGCUAGACCAUGCAUGUAAGGAAUGGGGUUUCUUCCAGUUGAUCAAUCAUGGAGUCAACCCUUCCUUGGUGGAAAAUUUGAAGACAGGUGUUCAAGAGUUCUUGAAUCUUCCAAUGGAAGAGAAGAAGAACUUUUGGCUAACCCUAGAAGAUUUUGAGGGCUUUGGUCAUUCUGUAUUUGAUGAAAAAAAGUUGGAUUGGAUAGAUCCGUUCUUCAUCAACACUCUUCCACUUUUCAUAAGGAAUCCACGCUUUUUUAAUAAUUUCCCCGAUCCAUUGAGGAUUAGCUUGGAGAAUUAUUCUUUAGAAAUGGAAAAACUUUGCAUCACAAUCAUUGAGUAUAUGACAAUAGCGCUAAAGAUUAAACGAAAUGAAGUGCUAGAGUUUUUUGAAAAUUUAUUUCAAGCAAUGAGAUGGAAUUAUUACCCUCCAUGUCCCCAACCAAAAAAUGUUAUUGGAUUAGAUCCUCAUUCUGAUGCUGGUGGCCUUAGCAUCCUUCUUCAAGCCAAUGAAAUAGAAGGCCUCCAAGUAAAAAAGGAUGGAAAAUGGAUACCUAUUAAACCCAUAUCUAAUGCUUUCGCCAUUAUCGUUGGAGACACUUUAGAGAUUAUAACCAAUGGAAUUUAUCGAAGUGUCGAACAUCGGGCAACAGUUAACUCGGAAAAAGAGAGAAUUUCCAUUGUCACCUUUCAUGGACCUCUUCAGAACCAAGUAAUACACCCAACACAAAGUCUUGUUACUACUGAAAGACCUGCAUUAUUCAAGCAAAUUGUCGCAGGAGAUUACUACAAAAUAUACUUUUCAAGCAAGCCACAAGGGAAGAAAUGCCUUGAUGUCAUGAGGAUCUAAAAUAAUAUUGAUGAAUGAUGAAGUGCAUAUGCAAGAUAAAAUGCAUAUGCAACUUACCUGAAAUGGAAAAAUAAAACACAAGUAUAUGCAAUAGUAGUCACUAAGUAUUAAAUCCAUGUUCAAUGUUUGAAGUGUUAGCUUGUAGUUAAUGUGAGCUUUCAAAUUUUAUAACGAGUCUAGUAAAGUAUGAUUUUAAUAAACAAUAAUUUAAUUUGUUUUCAGUUACAUAUGA